AGGCUGACUUGACUACGGCUGCAAAGCCAAAUUUCAACUGUGGAAAAAGCGAAUCGGGCGCUCGCAAAAUCAAAAACUUCAAAACAAUUUCGAGCCGAUAAAAUCGAAGUGCAAGUGAAGUGAAGAUGGAUAGCCUCAAGAAGCAGCAUACGGCGUCGGUUCAGGCCAAGAAGCAGCAACAGAAACUACAGUUGAAGCUGCAACUGGUAAAGGUUGCCAAAACGGAGAGCCUCAAGGAGCAGCCGUGGCCGUCUGGCCAGCAGCCGCUGGCACUACAUCCAACGGCAAGCUCACCAGCAGCAACAAAUUUUGGAGACAACGGCUAUGAAGUCAUUCUCGAAGUCAACGACAGCUGGGUAUACCUGAUACAGUGUCCAGGCCUCCUGCUGCGGCAUCUCCGGCCUCGAGCAACAAUCAGUCAGCGCAGGCUCCUGCGCCGGCAAAGUGUGGGAGGAGGAAAUUAACAUAUAUAUAACGUUGCUGCUGGUUCCCCGACUCACCGCCCCUUCUGCCCAAUAUUCUACCUUUUUUGAACCUUCCAAAAAGUGCCAUUUGUGGAUGAGGAGUUAAAGAAAUGAAUAAACUAUUUAAAGCG